AGGAGCACGAGGAUGCAGCUGCAACCGCGGCCCCAAGAGGGAGCCGCCAGUGUUCUGUGGCCGCAGGGGCCGAGAAACUGGUGUCAGGCCUGGGGGUCGAGUUGCUGAGGGGACCAGAUGGUACGGUCCCGCCAGAGGCUCGGGCCUAGUACUUCGGGAGGGUCUGGGCCGCUGGGCGAAGGCCUGCCCCCUUUGCUUCCUCUCGUCCCUCCACGUCGAUGGUGGUGAAGUUGGCAGCGCCAGAGGCUCAAGGUACCAGCCUGCCUCCCUUGCACUCAGCUCCUAUCUGGCUCUGACUCUCGGACAACUGUAACGCCGCCUCCUAGCGUCCGCGAGUCCCACCCUUGGCGGCGGGGGAGGGGGGAAGCGUUCCCCCGCCACAGGGGCUGCGUGGGGCCAGGCGACCGCCGGACUGUAGGAGAGUAAGGAUACAAUGUGAUGAGCCACCUCAUGUUCCUGCCACCAUAUCUUCAUGGGAAUGAUGGACUAUAUUCACUCAAAAUGUACCCUGAAGGAAAUGCAUCAAGAAGGAAAAUCCUUGCAUUUGCCUGGAUGAGCAACAAUGCAGGAAUGGAGAAGUAUACUGCUGAUAUCCUCACAGUGGUGCCAGAUCCACAUUGUCACCACAUGUGAGUUAGAGUGAUCUGAAAUUUCAUAGAGACUGCAGAAAACUGUUGCCAGAAGUAGCAAAGUCCUGGUAAAAUGAAACUUUCUAGCCAAAAAGUGUGGCCUGCAGACCAGUGUCUCUUCAGGAAACCUCCAGGCCUUUUGCACCAGACUGGGACUGCCAUGUCCUGUGGACCAAGCACCUAACAGAUUCUCAGACUCUACUGCCUGCAGAAAGCCAUUGGAGGAGUGUUCAACCUGUAUUAUAGACUGGUAACAUCUGAACAUACAAAACCAAACAAACUCUUGCACCAUUGCUACCACAACAUUUUACUAUAGAGAAAUGCUACUGUACAUGGAUGCCAAGCAGGCCAUAAAGAAAAAUAGCUGAUUAGACAUCAGGCUACACUGAACGGGAUGACAGCCACAGCUGCAGUGGUAACACCAAAAAUGGAAAAAAGUGCCUCCAAGGAAGAGAAGCAGCAGCCUCACCAGGAUAACAGAGAGCAAGGCAAUGCUGAUUCUGGAGAGUGGACAGCCUUUGGGAGUGACACUGAACAGAUGAGCCUUAAGAGUGCCAAAAAGAGCUGCCAAACUGGAGAUGUUCAAUUGAAGAAAAAGGAGAUGCCUUCCAAGUCACAUCGUCAACUCUGUCGGUCACCUUGUCUGGAUCGCCCAAGCUUCUCCCAGAGCAGCAUUUUACAGGAUGGGAAGAUAGACUUGGAGAAGGAAUACCAAGCCAAGAUGGACUUCGCUCUAAAGCUGGGAUAUGCCAAAGAUCAAAUUCAAUCAGUGCUUAAUAAGCUAGGCCCAGAAUCACUUAUUAAUGAUGUACUGGCAGAGCUUGUCAGACUUGGAAACAAAGGUGACUCAGAAGGGCAAGCCAGCGUGAGUUUGCUAGUGCCCCAUGGGGCCAGCUCCAGAGAGAUUUCAAGCCCUGAACUGUCUCUUGAAGAUGAAAUAGACAAUAGUGAUAAUUUGAGGCCAAUUGUUAUUGAUGGGAGUAAUGUGGCAAUGAGCCAUGGGAAUAAAGAAGAAUUCUCCUGCAGAGGAAUACAACUUGCUGUCAAUUGGUUUCUAGAUAAAGGCCAUAAAGAUAUCACUGUAUUUGUACCUGCAUGGAGAAAGGAGCAGUCCCGCCCUGAUGCACCAAUUGCAGAUCAAGACAUUCUACGUAAACUGGAGAAAGAAAAGAUCCUUGUCUUCACACCAUCUCGAAGGGUCCAGGGCAGGAGGGUAGUCUGCUAUGAUGACCGGUUCAUAGUCAAAUUGGCUUUUGAUUCUGAUGGCAUCAUUGUGUCCAAUGAUAACUACAGAGACCUUCAAGUUGAAAAGCCUGAAUGGAAGAAGUUUAUAGAGGAACGGUUGCUGAUGUAUUCUUUUGUGAAUGAUAAAUUUAUGCCUCCAGAUGAUCCUUUAGGACGUCAUGGCCCAAGCCUUGAAAAUUUCUUAAGAAGGAGACCUAUUAUUCCCGAGCAUAAGAAGCAGCCAUGUCCUUAUGGCAAAAAGUGCACCUACGGCCACAAGUGCAAAUACUACCAUCCGGAGCGGGCCAACCAACCCCAGCAUUCGGUGGCUGAUGAGCUCCGCAUCAGUGCCAAACUAUCCACAGUGAAAAUAAUGAGCGAAGACACCCUGGCCAAGUGUGGCACAGGGCUGUCUAGCGCCAAAAGUGAGAUAACCUCUGAGGUCAAACGUGUGGCCCCCAAGCGCCAAUCAGAUCCCAGCAUCCGGUCUGUGGCUGUGGAGCCUGAGGAAUGGUUGUCUAUUGCCCGUAAGCCUGAGGCCAGCUCUGUUCCCUCUCUUGUGACUGCACUAAGUGUCCCCACAAUCCCACCCCCCAAAAGCCAUGCAGUGGGUGCAUUCAACACCCGGUCGGCCAGCAGCCCAGUGCCAGGAUCCUCUCAUUUCCCCCAUCAGAAGGCCUCCUUGGAGCACAUGGCCAGCAUGCAGUACCCCCCUAUCCUGGUUACCAAUAGCCAUGGGACCCCUAUUAGCUAUGCUGAGCAAUACCCAAAGUUUGAGUCCAUGGGGGACCAUGGCUACUAUUCUAUGUUAAGUGACCUCUCCAAACUGAACAUCAAUGGCAUGCAUAAUCGAGAGUACUACAUGGCUGAAGCAAACCAGGGGAUGUAUGUUCAGAAUCCCAACCUCUGUCCUGACAGUCUUAUGAGCCAUACUAGGAAUGACAACUAUUCCUCUUAUAACAACUUGUACUUGGCUGUAGCUGAUGCCCAUCCUGAAGGCAGUAUGAAGCUGCAUCGCUCAGCAUCUCAGAACCAUCUUCAACCUUUCUCUCAUGGUUACCAUGAAGCCUUAACAAGAGUACAGAGCUAUGGCUCAGAAGAUACCAAGCAAGCCCCCCAUAAGCAAUCAGUAUCCCACUUAACUCUGCAUGCCCAGCACUCAGCUACUGGAGGACACUCCAGCUGUUCUGGAGACUACACUAUUCCUCCCAAUAUCCACCCAGGGGCAACCUCCCAGCCAGGCCGUGCUCUAGUGAUGACUCGGAUGGACAGCAUUUCUGACUCCCGCCUCUAUGAGAGCAACCCAAUGAGGCAAAGGCGACCUCCUCUGUGCCGUGAGCAGCAUGCUAGCUGGGACCCAUUGCCCUGUGCAGCUGACUCCUAUGGAUACAACUCCUAUCCCUUAGGUAAUAGCCUCAUGCAACCAUGUUAUGAGCCAGUCAUGGUACGGAGCAUGCCUGAAAAAAUGGAGCAGUUCUGGAAGAAUCCCUGGGCUGGAAUGUGCAAUGAUUCCAGGGAGCAUAUGAUCCCAGAGCACCAAUAUCAGACCUACAAGAACCUCUGCAACAUUUUCCCUUCUAACAUCGUUCUUGCAGUGAUGGAGAAGAAUCCUCAUACAGCAGAUGCCCAGCAGCUGGCAGCCUUGAUUGUUGCAAAGCUUAGGGCUGCCCGUUGACAUAACACCAGACUUAAUCCUUUAUAUAAAUAUGAAUAUUAAUACUGAUAAUACACUGGUACUAUUAUCAUAGUAAUUAAUAAUCUGUGUUGUACUUUCAGAGUGUUUACAUCAUUUAAGUGCAUAACAGCUCUCUGAGGUAGGUCUUAGUAAUAUCCUAUUUUAUAGAAAAGGUAGCUGAAGCUUAAUGAGAUUAAAUGAUCUGCCAAGAUCACAUGAUUAACAAAUGACCAAGUCAAGACAUACACCUAAGUUCUCUGACUUCAAGUCCCAUGACCUUUUGAACUGCACCAUGGAAGCAACAAAGGACAAAACCCAACCCACGGGGAGAACUCUAAAAUGUAAUAAACCCCAAGGGAUUUCAUUACCAGUGUUUUCUUAGUCACAUAUUCUGUAUUACAAAGUAUGGAUGGUCCAUCCAAUUUAGAGACCAAACACAUCAUGAUCAGAUUGUAUGAUGAGUUAACCUUUUAGGGUUUUUAAUAGGAAGAUUUCAACCUGUUUAAAAAGUAAACAGACUUUAUUGCAUGGAUAUCUGAUCAUUCAGUAUCUUUAACCAACCUAUAGAGUCACAUUGAAGCUUCUACAACUAUAUUGGAACCCUCUUCCUAGCAACUACACUGCAUGUAUGAAUUUAUAUAUUUGGUUUGAGAUGUGUUUUUAUCUCUGAUAUAACCUUUUAUAUAGUAAUAAUGAGAAGGUAAAUUCUAUACAGUCUGAAGUUUAUACCUGUAUAGAUGACUAAUCCACUUUGAUGAUUUUAUGUCUCAUUUCAUAGUUCCAACUAGAUUUGAAAGUGAAAUGACAUGCCAGUAUCUAAAUAUUGGUUUCUUACUUUCCAGAACAAACCAACUCUACUUUCUUUGCACUUUUUACCUGCAAAUGUUUAUUAACAGUUCUUAGUUUCCAAGUCUCUUCACCUCAGCAAAUUUGGGGUCAGGUUGCAGCCUUCUGCAGAGGAGCUGUUAGAGAAACUCAAGUUCCACACAUAGUAUGUCUAUGCUACACAAGCACUGAAGACUCUCACUAGGACAAGGAACUUACUACCAGAGUUCAUUCCUUUUAUCCCAGGAGAAACGGCCAAACCCUCAUGGCUUUACAUGAUGAAGACAAAUCUUCACACAAUGAGGGAAUAACAGUUGCUUUUUGAACUUCUGAACUAUGCAGUAUUCACAAUCACAGGAUAAAAUGUAGUGAAGAACAGUGUGAAGCUAUGUAAGCCACUUUCUCCUGCUGCCCACCCUUUGGGCAAUAGAUCAGUCAUUGAUGGAACAGAAUUUCUUUAGGAAGAAAAACGAGGGGAUUUCUUAGGUGGUAAAAAAAAAAAAGCAGCUUUCAAAAGGGGAUGCUGCAUUUUGGCUCUGUUAUGCACUUCAAAUCACUGCAAUGAGGGAGCACUUGGUGUUAGAUAAUUCUGAGAUGCUUUACUAAAGAAGCAUAAUUUUGGGUUGGGCAGCAUGAUUUGCACAAUUUGUACAUUGCUCAGGGUGGAAUCCUUUGUAGAUAAAUACCUCUAGAGGAGGUGUUUAUUGGUUAAAUUUGCACUAAAUGAACCCCCUUUCUGAAUACAUUGUAUAUUUCAACAUUUUGAACCGUGAUCAGCUCACUAUUCCUUGAGCUGGAACGUAUUAACUUCUACAGUUGUGUUUUGUUUGAUUUUGUUUUGUUUUCAUGAAAGUUGAGAAGGCCUGGCCUUGGCCUUUUGUUUCUUCAUGAGAAGGUGUGACACUGCCUAUAAAUGUUUCUUACUGUGAAACACUCCAAAUGUGAGGCUGUAGUCAGGGUUGUUUCUGGUGGUUUGAUAAUGGCUUGCAUGCUGCUUUCUGUCUGUUGUCAACUAAAUAAUACAUCUUUUUAAAAUUACACUUUUUAGCAUAUAGACAUAUAGAUACCUAAGUUCAUUAUAGCAUUUUUCACACAUUUUUUUUCUCUUCCUCCCUCUCACUUUGUACUGUUUCUCUUCACUUAAGCACAAUUUCACAUUCAUGUCCUACCUUCUAAUCUUCCCAUUCCCCAGCACACUGAUAAAGUGUAAAAGUACAUUCUGUCAGGUAGGUCCAGAGAGUGACAGUAGCCACUGCAGUGUUUGCUAUUUCACACAGGCACUACUUCAUACCUUCAGCAGCUUGCUCUUUGACAAUCUCAGAUUACUGUAAUGAUCUUUGUGUGAAUUAGUUCAUGUUCCUAUCAAAAUCAUUAGUGACAGUGCAGUAUCCACUAGCUGUACAAUGUACAGGGGAACACAGGAUUUGUUUUCUCAUAUGCAAUUCAUCUCAAACAUGUUCAUAGUUAGCACUCAAAAUAGUGUAAGUUCCUCCCAGGCAGGAAAUCUUUUUAAGGUAGCAUAUGCAUUUCUUAUUUUCUAAAAAUGACUGCUAUUCUUAUCUUAUAAGAUGUGUAUGAACCAAAGCAGCUAGGAGCAAUGCCUCAAAUAACCAGAAAUGACCUUUCGUUGAUACAAAUUGUAUCUCUUUUUUCCUGAUUGUAUAGAAACAAAUACACGAAACUCAUCUUAAACUAUGUUUAACACUGGCUUUUCACCAUAUUUGUGGCACUAUGUGUCACAGGAAAGUAGCCCAGGGAUGAUGAGGGAGCUUUUAUUUCCAAAGGGCAGCAGUAGUUUGUAGACAAAGUGUUUUCAAAGCCUCUUUACUAUUAGGUGCACUGCUAUUGUGCAUACAAUUUGAAACAUAUUAUACUUCACUUUAGCUCGCCACAUUUAGUAUGUGCACAAGAAAAGGAUUUUUUUAAAUAAAAAGUGUCCAUCCUAGUGAAUCAUUUAUAAGAAUCAUUAAUAGAGCUGAGCAACAAUGAAUGCAUAAAUCCAGCUUGGUUCUUACUUAGUAGAGAAACAUUUUCUUUAUGUUGAGGUCUGUGUAUUUCCUGACUUUUCCAUUUUAUCUAUAAAUAUAAAAUAGUAAAUAAUAAAGAGCACUGGGAUCUGCUUGGCACCCUUGAUAAAUCAAUCUUCCUACAUGGGGCUAAGUGUGUGUCCUUCAGGAUAUUUACCUCCACGCAUUCAGCAGGUGUUCUUGCAGUGUUUUGUGUGGAUUUCAGAAAGCAGUAUACUUUGUAAGAGGUGCUUUGUAAUUGUGAUCCUUUCACUGAUUUUCUGACCUCAUAGCAAGUCUUUGCCUGUUCAGGCCUUAGAUUUUGUAGAUUUUAUGCACUUUGUUUUCUUGUGAUCUUAUUAUUAUUGUGUACAUUUCCACCUAAAGGAGAAAUGUGACCCUGGAACGGCAUGGUCUAUCCAGGGCACCCUUUCUAUAAGACAGCUCAAAGGCAACAUGGAACUAUUAAACUCACUCUUAAGGUGCCAGGUACAAAAGGGAGAAAUAGAUGCCUUAUGGAAAUGGUCUGCAAGCUUUUCUUCUAAGUAAUGAAACAUAUAGCAUGAUUUUAUCCCCUCACUCUUACUUCCCAGCCCCUUCUAGUUUCUAAGAGACUAUUACUUCUUCACAAUUUUUUUUUCUAUUUUGGAAUAAAUUAUCUUUAUAUAGUAAUUCAAUCAUUGAUAUCCAUUAAUCUUUGUCAGAGUUUUCUUCUAACAUGAACGAGCUCAUUGUAAGAGGCACUCAGUUACCAUUCUGCCUAUACGGUAAGUAUGGGACUUUGUACAAAUGCCCUAUUUGAGGGCCAACAAUUUCAAGUUUGUUUUACUCUGUGAACCAGGUCUGGAUUUGCACAGGGAACGUAAUGUCAAACUGUCCAAAGAGCCCUGCUCAGGUUUCCUCCUAAUCCUUCUUUUUCCUUCCUUUAGUUUGCUUCUCCUCCAGUAUGACAGAGGAGUGCAUAGUUUUCAACCAAAAAGGCACUACCACUAGUUUUCAUUGGAGACCAAACCAGUAUAUUUCUAGAACUUGCUUAUCUAAAGUAGUCAAUGCCUUUCUGAAGACAGUAUAUCCAAUGUCUAUUGUAUUAUAGCUAGCUAUACACAUAGGCAGAUUGACUAUUUUUUAGUCCUGGUUUGUGUAUCAUUGAGCUAUAGUAGUUUGCUUUAUCCAUUUGUGGGAUUAAACAGUACUGUUUAAUAGUUGUAAACUUUUUAUAAAACCACUUUGGGUUUCUUGUUUGACCCAAACAUAAUGUAAGUCUCAAUGACAAAAUACACAAAGCCAACAUGAGGUAAGUGAAAUAUAACCCUUCUGUUUUGUCUGCCUCUAUAAUGCAUGUGUAAUUCUUUGUAAUUUGUUCUCACUAGCAUGAAUGUGCCAUGAUUUACUUCUUCAUGAGAUUUUAAUUUGUUUUACCUAUAAUUGUGAUGGAAAACACUGUAUGGCUGACAACAAUGAACUGU